GAUAGUUUUGAGGCUGUAGCAAAUAGCAGCAGCAGUCGCGAAUGGUCGUCGUGUGUUACUCUGCAGCAACACAGCUUUGAAUUUGAAGUGGGUUACGUAGUUGUGAUAUACCACACGUAGGCACUACGUACGUACAGGAUCACAGUGUGGAGUACUAAAGUAUCCGAGUAGCAGCAGCAGACUCAGCAAAGCGUCCGCUCCGCACCUACAAGGCAAGAAGAACGGCGUCGUCAUCAUAUCCACACGCACUGCAGCAGCAGCAACCCAGCUGAGAGAGAAAGAGAGAGAGAGAGAGGCCAAGUUGCGGAGGUGCGCUGCCUGCGUUGCGACCUUUUCUCCGAGCGAGCGGACCCAGCGCCGGAUAAUCGAACAUAUGCUCCUAAUUUGGAACUAUCAGAUGCGGCGACAAGGACAGGACGUGAUGCAGGUCAACCUGGCGGGUAUCAGGCGGGACAUCGUUAAUCUCGCUCACAACUACAGCAAUGCCCAGAAAGCAGUGCGUAAAGCAACGAGCAACGAUCCAUGGGGACCAAGCAGUACCCUCAUGGCCGAGAUCGCCGAUCUGACGUACAACGUUGUCGCCUUCACCGAGAUAAUGCAAAUGCUGUGGAAACGAUUGAACGAUCACGGCAAGAAUUGGCGUCACGUUUACAAGGCGCUCGUACUGCUCGAGUAUCUCAUCAAGACUGGCAGCGAGAAAGUUGCCCAGCAGUGCAAGGAGAAUAUUUUCGCUAUUCACACCCUCAAAGAUUUCCAAUACGUGGAGGGUCACAAGGAUCAGGGUAUAAAUGUGCGUGAGAAAGCGAAGCAGCUUGUGGCCUUAUUGCGCGAUGACGAAAGACUGAGGAACGAAAGGGCAAGAGCACUCAAAGCCAAGGAGAGAUUCGCUCAAUCGCUCAGUGGUUUUGGUAGUGAUGGCCUUGAUACGGUGUCGCCUGGCAGUGGUGAUUUCCAAGAGUGGGAGCCGUGUCACAUGUCGGAGUCUUCAUCACGGCCGGAUUUGGAAGCAGCAAGACCACAAACUGUCGGUGAGGAAGAGCUUCAACUACAACUUGCGUUAGCGAUGUCGCGCGAGGAAGCCGAGCAAGAGGAACAGCGUCGGCGCAGCGACGACGUCAGGCUUCAACUGGCUCUCAGCCAGAGCCAACAAGAUUUCAAAACGCCUGUAGAAAAGCAAAGUCACAUGCUUGACUUGCUCGACGUGAAUUUGGGGGAACCGAGUGCAACUAACGCUCAGACUGAUCCAUGGGGAGUGCCGAUAGCUGCGCCACCGCCUCCUCGACCUCAGUCGCUGGACUUUUCUCUGUAUCGCAUGUCGAAGACUCAAAAUGAUCCUUGGUCUGUUCCAACAACUAGUAGCGCUGCCAGUUCAACAAUCGAUCCAUGGGCUCCAGUUUUACCUCAGAGGCCAACUGCCACUGUUGAUCCAUGGAGAGCUCCAGCACCUUCGCCUGCCACCGUUAUUCCUGCAACAAAUCGCGUCAUUGAUCCUUGGGCUCCUCCUGGCGCUUCUAAUGCUGAUACUAAGACUCCGCCUAUUGGAUUUACGGUGUCGUCUACAACUACUAAUUUCAAUUCCACGAGCAAUGGCUUCAAUGGCCUAGGAUCAUUCAGUAAUACAUCAUCAAAUCAAGGAAACAACAGUCCUUUGAAUGAUUUAGAUGAAUUCGAUAUCAUUAGCAAUAGAAAUAAAGUCGGAACUAGUCCACAGCCUAUUUUGAACAAUGGAAAUACCACAUCUCCGGAUCCGUUCGACUUACGAGGCCUUGGUGAAACAAUACCGCCUAGUACUGGUGCUGUAAAAAAGACUCCGCAAUCAUUUUUGGGUGAAAACUCUGCCCUCGUCAACCUAGACAAUCUUGUGAGUGCAUCAUCGAUAAAGAAUCCGGCUCCAGCACCAGUGCCUGCAUACACGGCGAACCCAUUUGCGCCAGUUAUGCCACCACCUCGUCCGUCGAUCAAUCAGAUUCGUCAGGAUCCAUGGGUUGCUGCUCCCAUAAACAACAAUGCCACAUCGCCAACGGCUAACCCGUUCCUCUCGUAGCUGAGCUACGCAGCAGCUGAGAUAAUUUUCUACUCUUGUUCGAGGAGCCAAUUCUAAAUUGAUUUUUUACUAGCGACAUUGCGUGUAUACAAGGAUCACCUAAGAACAAAUGGCAAAUUUUCAAAGCAAAAACAACAUUAACAAAAAGAAACAAUUAUAAUUAAUAUAACUAUUUCUUUCUUUGCAAUAAGUUUCGCGACGGUGGGAGAGGGGACACGUGUUUAAAGAACAUCGUAGGGGGAUGUAAAUAAGAAUCACUAUUCCUUUUUAUUUAGCAACGUUUUACUUUAUACACUACCGAAUCAUUGUAUUCUAUUAUUUUUAAUCUCAUUACAAGAUCUAUACUUUAAAUCAAUUAAAAAUAAAAGCAUCACGUACAUGUUUUUGGUUAUUUUGUUUGCUUCUAGAUUUUUUUUCUUUUGAAAAUGCAAGAUAUUUGAAAUUGUACAUAAAUUAUUUUUGCAUAAGUCUUCACUGACUAAAUAAUCAGUAAUGAAUAAAUACAAAUUUUCUCGACUAAUAUGAUAAUGCACUAAAUUCAUAAGAAAAACAUUUUUCAAGUAUUGUUUUACGCGUACGCUUUGAUUGAAAACAAAUAAAUUUUUUUUUAAUUUUAAAUUAACGACAAAAUAAUUUAAUAGAUAAAAUACAUUCGAAAAAAAUUACUAAAAUUGUAAAAUUGUAACUACUACAAUUAAGUACGUAAGAAAGCGCAUUCUUAUGAAUUAAUUAUGAUAAAAAUACUUACGAAAACUUUUUUCCAUCCGUAUUGUUUCAACUGUACAAAUUUUAUGAAACGAAAACUUAUACACAACAUUGCAUUGAGAAUAAUCAAAUUUUGUUUGAAACUGCAAAAAUAUAAAUUCCUAUAAUGAAAUCGAAAACAAUCUAAUAAUGAACAAUUCCAGGAAAUAAUUGUAGUAAAUAUGAAUAAUUUACUGUAAAUUAGCCUUAUUCAGUCCUUUAGUCUAUGAUUAUGUAAUAUGAAAGAUAAUAAUUUUUUGAUGUUCGUCUUGUCUUGAGCUUGAUCAAAAUAAUAUCAGAUUGUAUCAAGUCAGAUGGAAGUUAUGUUGAGUAAAUUUAUGUUAGUUAAUUGUAUGAAAUAAUGAAUAGAAUGGAUAAUCUAUUCAUUUAUGAAUGUAUUCAACUUUCUUUUGAUUUAAUUUAUAUGCUGAAUUAA